AUGCUAGAAAGGAGCUAUACCUACAAUAUCCCUACAUCAUAUGACGUGAUGCUUCUCCAAGCAUAUAUGUUUGAACAUGCCUCACACAUCGGUACAAGUGAUGGCAAUGCUGUUGCUGCUGGUCAGCAGCAGCAGCAGCAGCAGCAGACAGCUCCUCGAGCUUCUCGUUUUACUGACGGCCCUUUUGACGAGUCCGAUUCUGACGUUUCUGACGAUGAGUCCGCUUCUGAGCCUGCGCGUGCCCCUGGACAUUCUCAUGCCGAGGAACAGUAUCGAGAGCCUGGGAAGUCUAUGGAGUCUCAAGAUCCAUCUGGUCAGGGUUUCCUACUGGUUGGUGGUCUAUGA